AUGCCGGCUCCCGUCAACCAAGGUGGAUACUUUGAGGUCUACAUCCUACGUUCAAAGGACAUUUUAGAUGCGGACUUUCUGGGUUCAAAAGAGGACAUUCCAUCGAAUUUACCUCAGACCGUGGCUGUUAAAUGUCCCAAGAUACGGGGCAAACUGAAUGACAGACGGAACCAGAAACUUUGGACCUCCAUGGCCAUGGAGCUGCAGAUUCUGAAACACGAACAUGUAAAGGACCAUGAUAACAUUAUUACAUUGCUGGGACUGAGUUGGAGAUGUGUGCGGGGAACGUACAUGCCUGCUUUUGUUCUUGAAGCCGCAAAGUCCGAUUUGUACAGUAUGAUACAAUCAUCCCAGUUCGCCUUGAACAAGAUGACCACGAGAAAAAUUCUAGGGUUGGCAGUCGACAUCUCAUGCGGUCUCUCGGCAUUGCACGACUUAGGCAUCAUUCACGGAGAUAUUAAGCCACAAAAUGUCUUGAUAUUUGAGCAUCGAAGGCUGGGGUUUAUCGCCAAGAUUACUGAUUUCGGCUCUUCGUUACUCAAAACAGACAUCAAGGAGCCCAUCGUACUCCCGUAUAACACCGAUAUUUGGCAAGCUCCUGAAUGCCAAAACGCCCUCGAUGGGUCCCAGCUUAUCGAGGCAGACACCUUUUCCCCGGGUCUCGUUCUGUGUUACAUGCUUAGCAGAGGCCUCAUUCUACAUGAACUUAAGGAGAGCGACGAAAAAGCUACUACAAACAGGCAUUACCUUUCAGGCCCGGCCCUACAUGAGACCUUUGGUUCCGCCCUAGAAAUCGAGGAAGAGAUGUUAUACGGCCCUAUGUCGUCUCGCAAGCCCGAGGGAUGGCCCGAUCCGAACGAAGAGGUGGACAAAUUUGACAAAAGCGAAGGCUGCGUGUCGAUCCGUAAACUGCAGCGAGCGGUUGCAAGAACUCUACUCCCAUCGCUUUUCGAACCCUCCGUACGCCCCAGUUCCAAGAGCAUCCAUCUAAACAUGAGGACGUGUUUCAGCUGGCUACUAGAACGAGACAUGUUGUAUCCGAUUCUAUCUCUCCACAACCCGUUUACCCCUGAGCGUAUGGAAGCUGCAAAGCUCAACGACCGGGAGAGGGAUGUGCUGCAAAACCCAGACGACACCUCACAAUCCGAUGCCGUACAUCGUAUUGCAACUUCCCUUAAAGCUUGGACGCAGAGCGAGGCUCCUCCUCGACAGAAUAUGCGCGAGAUUCGCAAUCCCUUUGCCGUUGUAGAGAUCAUGGCAGCACAGGUUGACCAAGUCAACAACCCCGAUAUUGGUCCUGCUCUCGAGUUAAUGCUUUUGGCCGCAAAUCUUGGAAACUGGAAGGCACAGAGUAUAUGUGGAUGGCUUCACUCUGUUUUUGACAGGCCAUUUCCCGUAAGUGAAGAACUCGAAUUGGAAUGGCUCCACGAUUCAGUUUGCAAGGGAAGCGCAACAGCCGGCCGACGGCUGGAAUCUCUUGACCCAGAAGCCUAUGCUAUAGCAGUUGACGACCUCAAACGCUGCUGGGCAGGCAUUGGAGUCGAUUUGCCUGGUGACUGGCAAACUUACGACGAUCCUUACAGCCAGAUCCAAAAAUGCAGACUGUAUAAACUAGCCGUCGACGCAACCUUUGGCAUGGUGGAUGGGACGCCGUUGACUUGGGCUGAGGCCGCCAACAACCAGGCAGCCACCCAGGCGCUCCUCGACCUUGGUUCAGAUCCAUUCGAUAUUGCUGGGAGGACAGCAGAAUAUGGGGACAGCUGGUCAAACAACGCUCACAUAUCUCCCGCUUGGACUGCGGCAGCGAGCUUCCAGUAUGGACUAUUGGAGAUGUUGCUAGAGAGAGCCGGCGAUUGUACCGAGCAUUUGAAUUACAAUGAGCGCACUUUCGGUACCCAAGGUUCGAAAGACCCAUUCAAAAUCCUCGGCUGGAUGGUGAAUGGUUGCGAGGGCCACGGCAUCCGCAGACUACUCCUACAUGGGAAACGGUUCUGCCAGGCGUUCCAACGAAUUUUUGAUCUUGUUUUGCAGUAUGGAGCAGAUCCAUCCAACAUCAGCGUGAAAGCCCUGCCAGACGACGGCGAGAUGCUCGACCACUUCCGCAAAUACCGCUAUCCAAACCUCGACAUGUUUCCUCACUACGGGAACGCACUUUUGGCAGGCAAAUACAAAGUCGCCAAAUGGCUCUACCAGACAGGCAAAUGCGAUUUAACAAUAAUGGAAGACGGCAAAACUCUCCUCGGACGACUCAUCACGACCUCAAAGGUGUACCGAAACGCCAGUCUUCACAUCGCCGCAUUUCUCAGCUUAAAUCCGCCCGAUGAGGUGUAUUACAAUGUCAUGGACCUGCUGGGCUCGCGCCUCACAGCCCUCCAAGCCGUGGUGUACAUACAAGAGUACAGGCACGGCCACAUGGCCACGACGGACAUCCUCCAGGCCAUUCUGCGCAAAAAGACGGACACAGACUAUCUGAACCUUCGCGUGGAGGGCGGCCCCUGGCAAGGCAAGACAGCACUACACCUCGCCGUGGAGUCGUGCAACGUGGAUGCGGUGCAGUACCUCAUCGACGCCAAGGGGCGGCACUUGGACUUGUCGGCGCUUGACGGCGACAGGUUCAGCCUCAUCGACCAGGCGGCGCUGCUAAUGAAGAAUCAGAAGAGCAACAUGGAUCUGUGGGAGGUGCCGAGCGAGAAGCGGCGCGACGUAGACCUGCGCCAUUUUGAAAACACGGUGGUGAUUAUGAGGCUAUUGUACCGAAUCGAGGUGGACGAGCUGCAUGUGAUUCUGUAUAGGGAAGAGGAGCAGCUUAUUGUCCCGUGCAAGAUACCAGAUCUGAAGAGGGCUAUUGAAGGUGGGCAGUACAACUGUGACGACUGGCCAGAGAGCUCUGAUCCAAUGCGCCGCCAGAGCGGGAUGAUCUUCCAAGUGCUGAAGGACUACGGGUUGAAGAUCGGCUUGAAUGAUUCUGUGUUUUGGUACACCGACAAAGUGAAGCCGGGGGCCGGCCAUGAUUCUGGUGGUGAGCAAAGUCUUGUCAGCGAGGCUGGUGACCAGAGAGAUGGCCAAGAGGCAUAUUCCGAGUUUGUUAACUCGGUCAAGAAGCUGAAGCUGUAG